AUGCGUUCGUUAGGGUUAAUACUAUGCUGGAUCUCGUUUACAGCUUUAUCAGUCUCCCUUUCUUCUUCUUCUUCGGAUGAUCAUCAAUUCACAGUCGACGGAACUGUAAUUGAGCUCACCGAUUCCAACUUCGACUCAGCGAUUUCCACUUUCGAUUGCGUCUUUGUCGAUUUCUACGCUCCUUGGUGUGGUCAUUGCAAGCGUCUUAACCCCGAGUUAGAUGCAGCUGCUCCUAUACUUGCUAAACUGAAGCAGCCUAUCGUCAUCGCAAAGCUUAACGCUGACAAAUAUUCCCGUCUCGCACGAAAGCUCGAGAUCGAUGCAUUUCCAACGCUCAUGCUCUAUAACCAUGGAGUUCCAAUGGAGUACUACGGACCAAGGAAAGCGGAUCUACUCGUCCGUUACUUGAAGAAGUUUGUUGCUCCAGAUGUUGCGGUUCUUGAGUCAGACUCAUCCGUUAAAGACUUCGUUGAAGACGCUGGGAAAUUCUUCCCUGUGUUCAUCGGAUUUGGGUUGAACGAAUCGUUGAUAUCAUCAUUAGGUGCAAAGUACAAGAAAAAAGCAUGGUUUGCUGUUACAAAGUAUGAAGUCUCAGAGGAUGUUAUGGUUUCCUAUGAUUUCGAUAAGGCUCCUGCAUUGGUUGCUAAACAUCCAACGUACGAUGAGCGUAGCGUCUUCUACGGACCAUUUGAAGAUGGGUUCUUGGAGGAGUUUGUGAAACAAAACUUCCUUCCUUUGAUCCUGCCGAUUAAUCAGGACUCUUUGAAGCUGCUGAAAGAAGAUGAUAGAAAGAUGGUGUUGACGAUAGUGGAAGAUGAAACUCACGGAAGCGUGGAUAAGCUGAUCAAAGCGCUGAGAGCAGCUGCUCAUGCCAACCGUGACCUUGUGUUUGGGUACGUUGGUGUGACGCAGUUUGAAGAGUUUGCAGACUCGUUUCAUGCGGAUAAGAAGGCAAAGCUUCCUAAGAUCGUUGUGUGGGACGGAGAUGAGGAGUAUGAUGAGGUGAGUGGAAUAGAGAGCAUUAGUCACGAGGAAGAUCAUUUGACACAGGUCUCUCGGUUCUUGGAGGGGUAUAGAGAAGGAAGAACAGAGAAGAAGAGAAUCAAAGGACCGUCUUUGAUGGGAUUUAUCAACUCGAUGAUCGGGAUACGGUCGGUUUACGUCGUUGUGUUCUUUGUUGCUGUUAUUAUGAUGCUACGGAGCCUCAGCCAAGUGGAGGAGCCUCCUCGUGCCAGGACCGGUGCAGGGGCUCGUGAAAGAGAUGAUCAGACCACGAGUGUCUCUGAAGGUGAAGCCAGUGAGCAUAAGCCUAGAGACAAAGAGGACUAG